CCGAUGUGAAAUUCUCACUUCGAAGGGAGACACUGUAAUUGGAUCAACAACAAAUCGCUAAGGACUCUCUGCACUGAUCUCCAGGUGAUUCAUAGACGAGGAUGAGACUACCGCUGUUGCUGCUUGCCGGUCUUGUACCGUUAUCCCUGUGUGAGGUUUUCCCGCUGAACAAACAGCUGAAACCGCCAACGAUUGCUCCUUACUCCAUCGGUGAUGACGUGGCGGUGGAAUGUAUCCAGCGUCAGAUCGAUACCGGUGAGCACAAGUUUGACGCUGAUGGCAACAUCAUCUAUGGCCAGUUCCCAGUAUGUGCUGAGACGGGCAAGCCACUCUCCUUGAGAUACGGCAUCUCUGAUGAUUUCAACUGUACCGUGGCAUUGACAGACGAGCAGUUCCACCUGUUCCAGCUAUACAUCCACGAGGACUCGCCAUUCUCAUGCCGUGUUCCUUACUCGUCCAAUCCACAGGAUGCCGCCAUACCAUUCACCCUGAACUUUAGAGGUCAUCUGGAGACGAGUCAUCUCGAUAUCGACACCACCAUGAACGUCAUGGCCCAUAAGCACAAGGACGGCACUAUCAUGACCAUGAUCGGUUACGCAUCCGGCUCUCAAACAAAGCGGUACAUCAUCGGUGACCAGCUCACCAUCCAAUUCAGCGUCAACUGGGUUGAAGAGUCCCAUAGACACAAUGACGACACGUUCUUCACUGUCAGAAUUGGAUUUGGCGUGAAGUUCUUGUGGAUCGUUGCCCUGGCCAGUGCCACCAUUGGUGGUCUUCUUGUAUUCGUGACUCUUUACACAAGAUUUAACAAGAAACUCAUCAAAGAACUGGGAUAUACACCUGGGUUUACCACUGAGCUGGGCAUUGCCUCAAAGAAGGACUGAAUGUACUGAUAAACGUAUAAUAGUAUCGCAAAACCGCAGAAAAAGUAUACAUAGGACGCAUACAAUGGACGAUGAUCGUUAAUAUGUCUCAUCUUUUGAUACAGCAAUAUAUAACUCCCCCAUAUAUACCAAAUGGCCCCAUAUAGCCACCUUGUUCACCAUCCCCAACGUACAGAGGUGAUGGCUUACGUAAUAAAAGUGCACCGAGAGCUCAUCGCCAA